AUGCAGGUCGUCAUUCCUGAUCUCGACGAUAAACAGGUCUUCGCGCCCGCACGUCGGGUCCAGUCUCCCUCUGCUUCCGUGGGAACGAGACCAUCCAUCGAGGACAAUGCGCCCUCCUCGAGUCGACAGCUACAGAACAUCACCACCGCCAACGCGCCGGGGCCUUCCAACUGGGCAGACCAACCAUCCUCGCUGCACUCACCCGCUUCUCACACACGCAAUCUUCCCCUCCAGUCGUCCGCGCAGUCGCCUAUAUACCCCAAUGCUCCUUCGGGACCUUUCCGGGGUGCUGCGCUCGGUUCGCAUGGCAGGUCAGGAAGCGCAACCAGCGAAUCGUCCGCGGGUGGAUUCGGCGGUCUUGGAUUCCGCAUGCCUCCCUCGUCCUCGUCGCUGCGAGGAGAUCGCGAAAUGGAAUCAUCCAGCAGUUCUUCCAACUUGAAUCCUGCCUUUGGAGGAGCGAUUGUGGCCAGCAGCAGCUCGUCUUCUGGGUUCAGCUUUCCCACGAAGCGUCCCUCAUUCACAUCACUGCGCUCACAGAUGCGCGCUCACCAUCUAGAAGCGGACCCACUCCCACAGCACCAUUGGCCCACCACUCCGACUGCUCCAAACGCACCAGCACGUCUCGAUAUUCCUGCUCCAGACUUGAACGAUGGUGAUCUUACCGCAGGCUAUCGCUCAGGCCUCUCCACACCGCGUCCACCGCCACUACCGUCUGCCACCAGCUUCCAGUUCCAUCAGCAGGAUCUUCCAUCGCCUGGCUUUCACUCCCCACCAGAGCGGUCUACACCCCUUGGUCCAAUGCGAGAUCGCAGCGACAGCUUCACGUCGUCCCCUUCUCGCCACACAGCCCACAGUACCUCGGCCUCACGGUCUUCGCGCUUUCACCAUGCCCCUACACUCUCCUACCAUUCCGACUCGCAGUACUCUGUCGGCGGCUUCAGUAGUUCUGGUGGCAGCGCUGCGUACCCACAUUCGAGCUCCGUCAUCAGCGACUUGCCUCCCGUUCCUCCGCUUCCUCAUGCGGCUGACAGCAUAUACGCAGACAUGCCCGUCACCCCUGGCGGCCAUACCAACAACGCUGCCUUUCAGCUUCCGCGCGCCAUGGCCAGCACCACGUCCUUCGACCAUUCUGAAUUCAACAGCAGUCCACUCAAGCCCAGCACGCGGCAGCUACGCGAGGAGCCUACACAGUCGAGACCUUUGCGUCCCUUCGACGAAAACGAGGAAGGCUCGAGUGGAGAUCAUGCUCCCUGGACCACAACACAGCGAUCCCGCCGCAAGCCGCCACCCCCGCUCAACAAUCGCGGCGAAAGCCCUGCUGCGAGUCGAUCGAACGCACUCGCCAUCAGUCUUGGUAACGAAGGUCUUGGUCAGCUUCCGCCGGGCAUCGGUGCUGCUGAUCCUCAGGCUCCUGUCGACUAUGCGCUCAACAUUCUCAUGACUAGAUUCGUCAAUCUCGCCAACGCCAAGGUCAAACGCGCGCUCGAAACGUCCCACGACCACGAUCCACAACUGCUCAGUGCCCUGCGUCCACAAGAUGAUGCUCUCUUCGACUCGGUCUGCGACUCGCUCGCACACAUCUCCCGCAAAGGUGCUGCCUCUGUCAUCCGCAGUCUCUUUCGCUGGAGGUCGAUCACGGUGGACACCGACAUCGACACCGACCUCGUUCGCCGUCAUUUGACUGCGGCUGCCCCGGCCUUAGCUGCCUCUUCGAUGGUAGGGACGCGCGACAUUGCUGCCUACCUCGCCCGACGAAAGGAGCUCUUUGCCAUCUUCCUCACUACCAAAGCGCUAAUAGUCAUCACGAAGGUCUUGGCUCGCGAUUCUCUCGGUGAAGCACAGGCUGCCGACUUCGAGCAGCAGACCUUCACCAUGCUUCUCACGUGCACUGGCGCCAAGGACAAGGACCGUACGCUUCCACGCUCCAUAACCCACAUCCGCGACGCUUGCUUCGAGAGCGUCUCCUAUCUCAUCGGCGAGAUCUCGCGCGUGCGCUUCGUCACCAUCAGCGAUCGUUUCGUCGAGAUUCUGGAGCAAUCGACAAAGGCUCCCACAGGCAAGACCGUCGAGGACCUGCUCGUUGCUGCAAUUCAGAGUCUGCGCCACUUAAAGAUCACGAUCUAUCCUAUGGAGCUCUUCGAGGAGGGCGCCGACUUCAUCGACGUUCUGGCUCGUCAUUAUGCGCAUUGCCACGGCUUCCGCGUCAAGUCGAGCUUCGCCGAAGCGUUUGCACAUCUCAUGCUGCCUGUUGCGCAGACUGCCUCGGCCGAAGUCAAUCACCCGACCUGGACCAAAGCCAUCGACACCAUUUGGCCUCGUAUGACCGCCAUGACUGCCAAGCCGCGGUAUUGGAGUGUCGCCUAUCCGCUCCAUGUGACGUUGCUCGCGGUCUCGCCCGAAGAGAAGCUCGCUUCCAAUUGGUUUGCUUGCGUUGAGGCAGGCGUGGCUAAACUCAAGGAUCGCGUCCACCGUACCGUCGUUCUCAACGCAGCUGUGCGAUUGCUCUGGGCGUACGCCUUCCGCUGCCACGAGAGUCACACCAACACCCACAAGAAGCUCGAGGCGUUCUUUCGCAUCUGGUUCCCUUCGAGCCGACGCACCAUCAAUCCUGCAGACACUUCGCCCGACCCUUUCAUCAUGAUGGUCCACUACGCGCUGUAUCGUCAUUUCGAUUUCGGACGAGAGCUCCUCCUCAAUUUCCUCUGCCACUCGGCGCUCGGUGGGAACACUCUGUCGCUACAGUCAGAUGUGUUGACGGGCCAGCGAAUGACCAUCGCCAUUCGAGCUGUUCUGCUGACGCUAGACUCCCAUGUCAAGGGCCAAUCGCCUCCCUUCCCGUCCACCGCCGACUUCAAUCGUUUCGACUUCGACACGCUUCCGGAGGGCUGCGGCGACCAACUACCGGAAGGCUUCAAGUUUCCCAAGACCGAGAUCGGCGAGGCACAGGAUCAGUUCAACGAUCUCAUUUGCAAGAUUGCGCUGCUUUGCGAUCAUCAAAUCAGCGAUAUGACUAUCUUCGACGCACGCACCCAUCUGUUCGCCCGCGGCUCUGCCACUUCGGCUGCCACGACGCAAGAAAGGGCUCUUCUCGAACGCGAUGGCUACACAAUGCGCUUGCACCAAGCUGCCAUGAUCACGGCCUUCUAUCCACGCGAGAACCAGUCGUCUUGCGACCUCCUUCGUGCCUGCUUUGAGUCGUGGCCUCGAUGCCUCAGCACCAACAUCUCUUUCUCGAGCGCACUUGCGGUUCUCUUCCGUGCUCACUUCAGCGCUGAUCCCGAUCUCAGCCGAGCUUCAGCUCGUGCCCUUCGGCGCAUCGCAAGCCAACGUCCAGGAGGCUCGUCUGCUGUGGUCUCCGGCUUCAUGCGAUGGAUUUUCCGCAUGGACACCGCCUUCUGGGAGAUUCACCCGAAACAGGUACUGGUCAUGCCCAAGAUCGAGGAAGCUGUUCGCCUCUGGAUCGACUUUUUGCAGAUCUGGCUCACAGAGCUGCGUAUCCAGAACAAUCAAGCGGAUCAGGGCCAGCCAGGCGCACAGAAAGGGUUCGAGAUGGAACGCACCAGCGCAUGGGCUUUGAUGGACGAAGUCGAGGCUUAUGCCCUCUUCUUGCUCUGUUCCGCAUCACGACCGCUGCGCUCGCUAGCCAUCGAGGUCUUGCGGCUGAUCGCCGUCCUGGACGAUGCUUUCCUGUCGCCAAACCGUCGAGCCGCAGCUGAGCAAGCGCGAGAGCAAGGGCAAGACGAAGAGCCAUCGCGCAUCGUGCAUCUCCUUGACAUGCCGUGCCAGGACUUCCUUGAUGCCAACGAUCCGCACCUCAGCUGGCAUCAGGUCAAUCAUUUGGCUCGCUACAAGUCUCCAGAUCGAUCGACAUCUCUCAAGAUCAUUGCAGAGAGCGAGAGAGAGGUCGAGCAAUCGUUGUGGUUCCGAGCGCUGCCGCUCUUCCUGCGCAUGAGCUUGGAGCGUUUCCCCACCACAGUCGCGGUCUUUCGAUCCUACAUUACCAAUCGUGUGCUCGAGAUGGACCAUGUCGCCGUCUACGCAGCUGACAUAUCGAAUCGUGCGCCAGCCAACACCAUGUCGAGCGCUACACUCAACAAGUCGCAGGCGGCAUCGGCCGCGGCAUCACUCCAAAGCUCGGUCUCGAUGGCAUCUUUGCGCGAUGCAGCAGCCGCAGGCAAGGCAGGGGAGGCCGAGACGCUGCUGAUGGCCCAGCAUUGGCGUUUCUAUGUCUUGGCGCUGUGCACGACCACCACGUCCACCGAAGGCUCUCGCGGAGGGGUCGUCGGCAACCAUCGCAGGAAGUCCAGCGAGCCUGAGACAGGCGAGCGCAUGAUCUCGGCGCGCGAUCUCUUUCAAAAGCUCGUCCCGUUCCUGGCUUCGGACAACGAAGUAUUCCAAGAGGCCGUCGUCUUCGCACUCGGCAACAUCAACGAGAAUCACUACCUUGCCUUGCUCGAGACCAUGCAGGCGCUGAGCGGAACUCUCAAUGAAGAUUUCAAGGUGCGGACCGUGGCCCGCAGCGGUCUUAAGCGGAACCGACGCCUAGACAGACUACGCACUGCGCUCGCCCACGUCCUGCAGCUCACUGCGCCUCACAUGGAGGCGCGCGACUACCUCCUCAACCCCAAAGUCAUCAGCAUUGUUCACAACUGGGUCGACGAUACGUUCCACUUCCUCUCCGAUCGCGACAUCCGUCCAGACUGGGAAUUUCACAGCCUCCGGCGAUACUUCUGUGCGGUGACGGAGCACUUCUUCGACGGGCUCGCCAAGAGAGGCUCUGCCGAUUCGCAUUUUCCUUUCGAGAUCCGUCUGCGCAUGUUCCGAGUCUUCCGCGACUGGCACUCGUACAGCACGGUCAGCGAAGAUGGACGAAAUAAGCUGGCCAAUCUUCUCGCUGCGGCUGCAGACCAGCAAAGAGACGAUCGGGCCAAGGAGCGCGCCGUCAAGACGCUCAACUAUGAGUCGCAGGCGCUGUCGUACCAAUCCGGCUGUGCAAUGGCAUCGCUUUGUCAGGGCGCCAUUUCGAUGGUGGGAGGGCCCGCACCGGCGCCGAUGGAGGGCUCCUCGCUCGAUCCAAGCUCCUUGCUUCACUGGCUCAGCAGUUUGUUCCAGACCAGCGACGAGAAGAACCACGACUUGGCACGCAAGGCGCUGCGAUCUCUGCUCGUCUACAACGAUCAGGAUGCGAUCCUCGUUGACAGCGCAGUGGACCGCUGCAUCGCCGAACACGACCGCGCUUCCGGCAAGAAAAGCAUCUUUGUGACGACGGCCGAGGUGGUGAUCGAGAAAGAGGAUCUGUCCAUGCCACUGCACGCCAUCUUCUGCCUUGGCUUGGUCAAACUAGGGCAUCCUGACUCGAGCAUCCGCCGCAAAGCGCUCUCUGUGCUGGACGACUGCAGUCGUCGCUUCGACGAAUCUUGCAUGCUAGACGAGUACGAGGUCGGCGUGUCGAGCCCAUUGCCCGCCAUCUAUCUGCGCGCACAGCGUGACGUCAAUGCCCAUCUCGCUGUGCAUUUCGACGGUCUGCGAACAGCCAUGCUCAGCGAGUUCACUCGUCGGUUGCCCUUGAUCGAGGCGUCGCGGCGCGCGACGAUCUUGGGACUGCUGCCGGAAUGGCUCAGCGGCCUCGUCUUGCACACGGCCGAUGCCGGCAUCGAGAGCUUUGCCGCAGCUCCCCUGGAAGUGGUGCUGUACAGAGCCUUCUUGAACCUCUCCAACCUGUUUUGCUUGACGGUUCGAUACGGCGACGAGCACAACUUCGAGAUCCAGGAGAUCUGGAGCAGCCUCGUGGCUGAUCCGGACGAUCUGCAGAGCGCCGAUGCGGUGGUCAGCUUCCUGAUCGAGCAGGGUCUUCACUUUCGGAGUGAGCAGGUCGUCAACCACUCCAAGCGGAUCGUCUCCUGCAUCUCUCAUACCGAUGCAGGUCCGCAUAUUUUCGAGCAUCUCUGCUCUAUGAUCGAGCCAAGUCGCAUGAUUCAGGUUCCGAGGACUGCUUCUCCGCCGAUGCCGGAUCUGGACCAUCGCCAUCUGUACCGCGCUGAUCUGACGAAACUCUUGCCAGAGCCAGAGGCGUCGCUCGCUUUCUCGGAAGGACAGCUGGCGCUCUUCUACGUCGGCGAGAUGACUUACGAGAGGCGAGAGCAGCUCGAAACGAGCCUGCCCACUUUGCUGCACGCCAUCUUUAUGCACAUCGACAGCCGUUCUGCCUUCGUACGAACCCAGAUGGUGGAGUCGUUCGAGCAAUUGAUGCGGUGCAUCAUCACGAUGGGCGCAAGCGCAGCGCACAACGCCAACGAUUCGGAGUCUACCUUCUACAGCAUCGACCCGGAGCGAACAGCCGCAGCGAAAGCGCAAGUCGAACGCUUGUUUGCGAGGCGCACGUUCGCCAGCUGGGCAGCGGAGACGACAGCCGCAGACUACGACGGCCAGGCCAAGAUGCCGAAGAACUUGCUGACCACCGCGAAUGACACGCUGUCGCUGAUCGAGCCCUUCUUCGAAGUCUUCCGGCAGGACUGGGGAUCCGUGGCCCUUACGUGGGCCGCGUCCAACCCGAUCCGUCACAUGGCGUGCCGAUCGUUCCAGGUCUUCCGAGCACUCCAACCCUCGGUGACUCCGAACAUGAUGAUCACGAUCCUUGGCCGACUCGCCGAUACCGUCUCCGAUCACAAGCCUGAGGUUCACCGCUUCACUCUCGAGGUGUUGUACGCACUGAACCUGGUCGUCAAGCACUGCGAGAGCUUCAAUCGCGAGUUCCUGGCUCAGACCUGGUGGGCGACGCUCGCGUGUUUGUCGACCGUCAACGAGGCUGAAUUCGCCGAGUCAGCUUCCAUCCUCGAGAGCCUGGUGGACAGGCUGGACAUUGGAUCGGCUGACGUGAUCGCGUUCUUGGUGCAGAGGUGUCCGGAAGGAUGGGAAGGCGAUGUGGGAGUCCUGCGUAUCCUGGUAUCGCGCGGUCUCCGCUCCUCGGAGACCUCGAUGCCGACGUUCCGGUUGAUGGCGAAGCUCGCCAAAUGCCGUGACCCAGCACUCAUCGACUUUGACGACAAAUGCCGCCUUGGCUAUCUGUUUGUGGCAGCGCUGCCGUGGUUCCUGCAGGUGACCGAGGAGAGUCUCAAAGCAGCUGGCGGUUCAGUGACGAGCAAGAACGAUCCUCGCAACGCUACUGCGGCUUCUGGCGGCGUCAAGAGGGUCUCGGCUGACGCAGGGGCAUCUGGAGUCACGCACGCAUCCGAGAUUGCCACUCCGGUGCUGUCAGCGGUGGAGACGCAGAUGGUACUGGAGAUGGCAGCGGACCUCGCCACCGUUGCGUCGCUAUUGGAGAUGCGCGAUCUGGAGCGAGUCGCUACCUCGAUCUCGCGAUCCCGCUUCCGAACCAAGGACGAUCUGGUCCGACAGGCUGUCAACUGCAUUCGAUCGCACUACCUGCCCGAGCAUGGCCCCGAGAUGGCCGUUCUGCUGCUAGGUGUGGUACUCAAUCGACGAGAGUGGAUGCGCACGCAGGCGAUGCAAGUGCUCAAGAUCUUCUUUCAGGUGCUCGACACACGCAACCAUGCAGCCUUCAGCAGCCUCGGCUCAGAGUUGCUCAUGCCGCUGCUGCGCCAGCUGUCGACACCCCUAUCUGCUCAAGCGCUGGAGGUGCUGGACGAACCCAUCGUUGUUCAUGGCGGUCCUGCUGCCAAUCAGAUCCUGCGCAUGAGCCUGCAGUGGGGCAAUACGAACAUGGACGGUCCGACGCGGGACUUUGUUCAUGACGCAUCGAUCUUUGGUCCACCGCAAGAAAGCGGCUGGGCCGUCGCCGAUCCGCAAGACAUGGCAACACGCACUCGAAUCAACCUGCAGGCGCUGGUCAAGAUGUGCGAGCACACGCUUGACAUUAUCCCUACUGGUAACAACGUCGACUUUGUCGUGGACGACGCCUACGAUGGUAACGCUGAAGCAGACGGUGCUGCCUUUGCUCUCGAUGAAGCACCCGGUGUUGGUGGAACCAGGAGCGAAGUCGCACCGGCCUCUAGUCUGGGCGAUAUCGUCAAUCAGCUUCACGACUUGUCCUCCUUCUUCGGCGACGAUCCUAUGUCCAAGAGCCACCAGGCAUCAGUCAUGUGGCGUGAGUCACGACUGGAUCGAUCCGGCUCGAUGCGGCAAGCGUCUGGCUUGGGGCGUGCUUCGUCGAUUCGAUCGAACGGACUCAGCGCGGGAGGCAGUAUCGGACGCAACGGAUCGCUGCGUGCUGGGUUGCUACACAGCCGGCAACCAUCGCCGAAUCCGACGGUGGUGCCAGACUACUCGCGAGGUGCCUACGCCGGAGACGGCGGAGGCGGAACGCACCACAGAAGUGCUAUGGUCAGAGCGCAUACUGAUGAAGCAAGGUACGGAGGCAUGGUCCGAAGCGGGUCUGUCUCUGGAGACCUGUCGAACAUCGGCAUGGGACGAUCAACCAGCACGCCCUCGAGUCGCAGCGAAGAUGCCAGCUCCACGCGGUCUCGUGCUCAAAUUGCCAAGAUCUUGGCCAGGUCGACGGCGCGCGAGAGUCCACCCUACAUGAUGCGUACCAGUAGCGGGAGGACGGCUUCGAUCCGGGAAGAGAGCGGCGGGAGCAGGUCGAGCGUCGAACUGCGCGAGCGUUCGGACAGCUUUGAUCAGAUGUCCGAAGCGAGCGGAUCGCAGCACAACCAUCAAAGCAGCGGCGGCUCGUUCCAUCGUAAACCGUUGAUGCUCGCGCAACAGCACCAUCAAAGCCCUCAGUCGUACCAUCAUCAUCAAAAGCCUUCCUCGUCGUCAGCGUCUUCGUUCUCGUCAGGCCAACGUCGAAACGGCGGCGGCGGGGUCGGCAAGAUGACUCCGGCUAACGAGGCUCGUUUCCAUUCAGUGGCCAAGUCGGCCGUGUCGAAUGUCAAGCACGCUGGGGACGAGUAG